AAUCUCUUGUUUCCUGGCUUUCACGUAAUUUUUAAAAUUUAAAAAAUUAACAAGAAUUAAAGAAAGAAUGGACGUGAAUAAACCAAGAAUGACAGACAAGCAGAAAUGAACAAAUCUAAUGAAGUCUGCUGUUUUGGAUUAAGAUUUCUUUCUUGUAGUUAGUGUUGUGUUUUUCCCAUAUUCGAACAUCAUAGAUAUAUUCGACGUUGCUUGAGUGUAGGGACGACAGCUAAUGAUAGGAAGAUUCAAUGAAAACAGAUAUAGUUUUAUUAAUAGUCAAUAGUUGGAUAGAUGAAUGGUGAGAGAGAGAUGCCGGGGAGGAGGAAGCAGAAGCUGAAAUGGAGCAAGCUCUACACAUUUUCAUGCCUGCGGGCGAGCGCGGAUGAUUCUGCACCGGCCGAUAAACUUCUCGGGCAGCCGGGGUUCUCGCGCGUGGUUCACUGCAACGAGCCGCAGCUGCACCGGAGCAAGCCGUAUAAGUAUUCGGACAACUAUGUCUCGACAACCAAGUACAACGUUGUAACGUUUCUGCCGAUAGCUCUGUUUGAGCAGUUUCGCAGAGUUGCCAAUUUGUACUUCCUCUUAGCAGCAAUUCUUUCGCUCACGCCGUUAGCCGCUUUCAAUCGAGUGAGCGUGGUGGCGCCGCUCGUGUUUGUGAUCGGCAUUAGCAUGAUCAAAGAGGCCGUUGAAGAUUGGCAUCGGUUCUUGCAGGAUAGGAAAGUGAACUCGAGGAAGGUGAUGGUUCAUGUGGGAGACGGAUUGUUUGUGCGGAAAUCAUGGGCGAAUUUGGUGGUGGGAGAUGUGGUGAAGGUAUCAAAGAAUGAAUACUUUCCUAGCGAUCUUCUUCUGCUGUGUUCGAGCUAUGAAGAUGGGCUAUGCUACGUGGAGACCAUGAAUCUGGACGGCGAGACGAACCUCAAAGCUAAACGAAGUUUAGAAGCCACUCUCUCUCUGGAUGAAGAAACUGCAUUCUGCAGAUUCAAGGCCACGCUUCGUUGCGAGGAUCCCAAUCCAAGCCUCUACACGUUCGUGGGCAAUCUAGACUACAACCAAGAAUCGUAUCCCUUAAGCCCAGAGCAAAUUCUGCUACGAGACUCAAAGCUUCGCAACACAGAAUACGCGUAUGGCACGGUGAUCUUCAGCGGUGCAGACACUAAGGCAGUCAGGAACUCCACAAGAUCUCCAUCCAAACGGAGCAGGGUGGAGAGGAAGAUGGACCACGUCAUCUAUCUCCUUUUCGGGAUGAUGCUUUUCAUCUCUUUAGUCACUGCAUUCUGCUCUGCAAUUUUCACCAACGAUGCAGAUGUGAAGAGAUGGUAUCUCCAGCUUCACGCCAGUGAUGAUAGUCUGUUUGAUCCCAAUAAUCCUACAUUGUCUGGUUUCUUGCAAUUUGUGAAGGCCCUCAUGCUGUACGGCUACUUGAUACCGAUAUCUCUGUAUGUUUCGAUUGAAGUGGUGAAGGUUCUUCAAGCUAUGAUGAUCAACAACGAUCUUGCUAUGUAUGAUGAGGUGACGGGGAAGGCAGUGGAGGCGCGGACUUCCAAUCUAAACGAGGAGCUCGGGCAGGUGGAGAUGAUCCUGUCGGAUAAGACAGGAACCUUAACCUGCAACCAGAUGGAGUUCAGGAAGUGCUCCAUUGAAGGGAUUUCGUUUGGUGGUGAAGUGACUGAGGUGGAUCUUGCAGCUUCUAGAAGGAUGAACAUCGACGUGGAGAGGCAUAGGUUCAGCUUGGACGGCUCUGAUUCGACUGCACGGAGCAUUGAGAUGUUUGAUCUGUCCACAGCGGAUGGCAGCACGGAGAAGGAAGGUUUAGGGUUGAAUGAGGGUGGCAAAGGUAGGAAUUCGAGGAUCUCGAUUUCUGACAAGGAGCGUCGUAUCAAGGGCUUCAACUUCAGAGAUGGGAGAUUGAUGGACAAGAUGUGGAUUUAUAGGUCUAAUGUGGGUGAGAUGGUAAUGUUUUUUAGAGUCAUGGCUCUGUGCCACACAGGGAUUCCUGUUGACGACAAAACCGCGUACGAGGCCGAGUCGCCUGAAGAGGUGGCGUUUCUGAUUGCAGCAAGAGAGUUUGGUUUCAAGUUUUGUCAAAGAACUCAAUCUACUAUGGUUGUUCAAGAACUUGAUCCUAUGUCAGGAAUGGAGGUGAUGAGAGAGUACAAGCUUUUGAAUCUGUUGGAAUUCAAUAGCUCAAGAAAGAGAAUGUCAGUGAUAGUAAGCAAUGAAGACGGUGAAAUCUUCCUUUUCUGCAAAGGGGCUGAUGAGGUUAUCUUUGAUAGACUAAGUGAAGGCGGAAGAACGUAUCAGCAGGCGACGGUGAUGCACCUCUCAAACUACGCGGAAGAUGGGCUUCGGACAAUGGUGUUUGCCUACAGAAAAGUAAGUGUGUCUGAAUAUGAGAGGUGGAGCUCUGUAUUCGCAAAGGCAAAGGCGACUGUGUGUCCAGAACGAGACGAGUUGCUCGAGAAUGCCUGUGAGAUGAUAGAGAAAGAUCUCAUCUUACUAGGCGCUGUCGCAGUUGAAGAUAAGUUGCAGAAAGGGGUUCCUGAAUGCAUUGAUAAGCUAGCACAAGCAGGCUUGAAGAUUUGGCUGCUGACUGGUGAUAAGAAGGAAACAGCAGUGAAUGUAGGAUUCGCAUGCAGUUUACUUCGGCAUGACAUGGAGCAGCUCCAUCUAUCCACGAGCAACGAGCUGCGAAUGAAGGAUGUGACGGAAGAAAUUAUGAGCCAAUUGCAAAGCUUCAACCAUGUGAUCAGUGAAGAAGAGAGAAGAGAUGCUCCUUUUGCUCUGGUGGUGGAUGGGAAGGCUCUGGAACAUAUAUUUCGCAACAACCAUUUGUGCCAACAUUUCUUGUCCGUGGCUAUGAACUGCGAUGUUGUAAUAUGCUGCCGCGUCUCUCCCAAGCAGAAAGCAUUGAUCACGAGGAGGGUUAAGGAGCAUUCGGGCAAGACGAUCUUGGCCAUCGGUGAUGGGGCUAACGAUGUUGGCAUGAUUCAGGAAGCUGAUAUUGGAGUCGGCAUCAGUGGAAUGGAAGGCAUGCAGGCAGUAAUGGCGAGCGAUUUCUCAUUGCCUGAAUUUCGAUUUCUGGAGAGAUUACUCAUCAUUCACGGCCACUGGUGUUAUAGAAGGAUUUCUAAGAUGAUUGUGUACUUCGUAUACAAAAACGUGGCGUUUGGGCUGACUCUGUUUUACUACAACAUGCUGAGUGGGGUGUCGGGGCAGGAGCUGUACGACGACUGGUACAUGGUGAUGUUCAACGUGCUGCUAACCUCGUUGCCCGUCAUCGCCCUGGGCGUCCUAGAGCAGGACGUCUCCUCCGACGUGUGCUUGCAGUUCCCAGCUCUCUACAAACAGGGCCAGCAAAACACAUGCUUCAGCUGGAAGAGAAUCAUCGGGUGGAUCUGCAACGCCGUCCUCGCCUCCCUCAUCGUCUUCACCCUAACCGUCUCCAUACUCUCCCCUUCCGCCUUGGACGGCCGCGGCAACCCGGCCGACAUCGAGCACAUCGGGACCAUCACCUACACCUGCUUAAUCUGGACCGUCAACUGCCAGAUCGCCCUCAUCAUCUCCCACUUCACUUGGAUCAGCCAUUUCCUCAUCUGGGGCAGCAUCCUCUGCUGGUACGUCUUCCUCUACCUCUACGGCGCCCUCUCCCCGGCUCGCUCGGGCAACGUCUACCACAUCUCGUCGGAGCAGAUAGGCCCCGCCCCGGCCUACUGGGCCACGACGCUGCUGGUGGUGGUGGCCUCCCUCAUGCCCUUCUUCCUCCACAUGGCCGUGCAGCGCUCCUUCUUCCCCUUAGACGAUCAUAUCAUACAAGAGAUGAAGCAUUCCAAGACGGAUGUAACCGAUAGCCCCAUGUGGCUCCGGGAGCAGGAGAAGUCGAAGCAGCUCACGCAGGUUGGCUACUCUGCUAGGGUUGAUGCCAAGAUCAGGCAUUUCAAAGACCAGUUGCACAGGAAGAGGAAGUCUUUCUAUUUAUCUGUCACAAAUAGUAGGCACUGAUCACAUAUAUCUCUCUCUUCUUCUUCUUCUUCUUCUUCUUCCUGUUUUUAGAUUGUAUUCAUUCAUUGUAAGUUGUAACUACUACAUAUAUAAAUUUGCUUCUGCCUUGCUAAUUACAGUUUAUGUAUAGAAACGUUAGUGUUGUUUUGGUUUGACUCA